GGCGGUUGCAUUUUGAACCGAUGGCUGCAACACAUGUUCACAGCACUCACGUGGGCCCGACGCGGACAAUUAGACAGUCCUACCAGCGACCAGUAGCCGAGUGGACUGUGCACGAUGUGGUGACGUGGCUACACCAGACGCAAUUGGGCUCUCACGAAGCUGCAUUCCGCCAAGCUCAAGCCACAGGUGAGUAUUUGCUCCAGCUCACGGCAAACAAUUUGACCACGUUGGGGAUUACCAGCCUGAAACAGCGAAAGGAGCUUAUGAAAGCAAUUCAUGCGUUGCAAGAGGACGCACACCGCCGUCGUUGUGCUCAAGAGAAGGUGCCAUCUGUGGUAGAGCCAGAAACAGCCGAAUUCAACGAAGUCGAGAGCCAUCAGUCCUUCUUGGAAGCACUCCAUCACUGGCGAGGCAACACACCCUCGGAACUGGCCCACGUAGCCACGGAAACCACCCCUAGACCCACGAGUAGCACUGCGAAAGUCUGCUGGCAAUGCUUCCAAUCAUUGAAGACAUCGGUCUUUCGCAAGGAUGGGCAUACCUUCUGCUCGCUGCAAUGCGAGGCGGCGCAUGUGACAGAUACUCAGCGAGAGAAACUAGCAGCAAAAGCCGUCCAGUCUACGGCAACCCUCCAUCACCAGCACGUCCAAUCCAUUUGGGCACUUGACAUCAAACUCAGCUAAAAAAGUGUAGAUUGGUUCUACACAGUGCACACCACCCAUGUAUAUUUUGACACUUGGAAGAGGCUUUUGUGUUCUAUACCGAGGGAUUCCAGUU